CUCAAGAAAGCUUGGCAAGAUUUCUAAAUCAAAGUUCUUAUCAUCCCGCUAGUAAUUUAUUGUCCCCUUCCCCUCUUCAAGAUGGUCUUUAAUGAUCCUCACUAUCCCAUUUGAUCCUUUCCUGCCGGUCGUCCUCACGGGUCUCGAUGGGCAGAUAGAUUGAAACAUUUCCCCGCCUGUGGCAAUUUCCAGCGCCCAGGCCCCGCUCAUCUUGUGACCCGGCGCGCGCUGAACUUGGCGAGAGGGCCCUGCAGAGUUCACUCGGAUGUCACGGUCCGGCCUGCAGGGGUCACAGGCGGGUCAGGCCGGAGGAUUGGGACUGGGCCCCAGGUCACGCCCCCGCUCACCAGCUUUGCUCACGGGCCGAGGCAGUGUCCUGAAAGGGGUGGGCCGGGAGUUCUGAGAAUUACCUCCAGCGCGUCUCGGCCCCGGUGCCUGACUGUACACCGCCCGAAGUCGUCUUUCACUGUUUACAUUCGUCAAAUCAUCUGAAACACCAAGGGGGGUUGUGGGGAAACGCCGGUUCUGCGAAACAUGCCCUGGGGCGACCUGGGCUUGGAGCGUUGCAGGGACUGCUACUCCCCAGACAAUUCCCAACCAGCGGGGUUUAGGGAGCGCCGAGUAUUUCACAGCUCUCAGGAUCAAAGCGUUUUCCAUCAACAAGGGACGUGUCCAAGGCGUGUGGCGUGCUCCCGUAAAAGCCGAUAUUCAGUUUUGAACAAACAUACAUUAUUGUUUCGUUUUCGGUGCCGCUAGUCCGUUCCGUGCUGAACCGAGUGAACUUGUGCCUCUGACUGGUCCGAGGCGGCUCGGACCCAGUCGCACUGGCUUGGCCAGGUGGGAAGAGGGGAGCGCUCACGCGCUUCCCAAAGUGUCUGAGCUCCAGGCAUUGGCUGCGGGAGCAGCCGAUUGUAUAGUUGGGCAAAUGCCAGAAGACCCCCUUCUGAGUACAGAUUCCCUCAACAUUCCCAUCAGCAGCCAGAAGAAGCCUGGGUUUACGACCCAGCACCCCCUUUUACCUGAGUGGCUUUCUGCUGGGUGGGAGCUGGGAGAGUGGAGGAUGGCUCCUGUGCCCAGAGUCCAGGUCACCCUGGUAACGUAGCUGAGCGUGCCUGGAGCUGGGAAGAGUAUUUGCAACCAGAAGCCCCUUUUGGAAACUUACAGCUACUUCGAGGAGUGGAUAGGUCAGGAAAGAUCACCUCUAUACCAAGGAGGAGGAAACAGGCUCGAGGAUAUGCGGGACUUGUCCAAGGUCGUUCAAGGAGAGAUGGAGCCGGGAUUCAGAGCCCAAAUUCCGUGCUUUCCAUCUUCUGUCUCUCCCUUCUUAUCCUACUAGGAUUAAAGACCCUCUUCCCCUCUGCCGAGCUGGUGCUGCAAAGCCCCAGAGCCCUGGGAAACGAUCAGUUGUGGCUAGAUCGCAGAGCGCCUAUUGCCGCGGACCCGCGGGCGGAUUGCUCCUGUGGUCCCCGGUGGGGGAGUCAGAGUUAGGGCGCAGACUUGUGCACGCUUCACCUGGAGUCCCGAGGAUCUGGAGGCUCUCUCAUAUCCUUAAGUAGGACCUUCCAAGACUUCAGGAGUGCGGACCUCCUUGAGGGGAUUGGGGAACUGGGACUCUUUGGUCGUCCGAUCAUGACUCCCCACGACUCUCGUCUGAGUCCUGGCCCUAGGCUCUUUUGCGAGAUCUUUAGAAGGGUGGGGAAGCCUGCGUUUUGCUCUGCGUUCUGGACCUCACCUGUGGGACAAAGCAGCUGGAUGAUCACUGAACUCACUUCCUUUUGCUUCCCUAGCAGGUGGAAGGGAUCCCACACGGAGCCCAUAAAUUGGAAAGCCGGUGCAGGCAGCGCUGGGCUGGGACCGCCCGUCGGACCCCGCGGGAGGGAUUCCAAAGAGAUCGCCCGGAAGCCCAGGGCUUGGAGUUCCCGCUCCCUGGAGCCCGGGUCCGGCCCUGCCGCGGUCUUGGAGCCCCGCACACCUUGUAAGGAGGAAAUAGGCUGCUCCUAGCCCUGCACCCCAGGAGGCGCGCUCCGAGGAAAGCCUCCACCGCGCCGCCUCUGCCUCGGCGCGGAACAAACGGUUAAAGAUUUUGGGCAGCGCCUCACGGGGGGAGGAGCCAGGGGCCCAAUCCGCAAUUAAAGAUGAACUUUGGGUGAACUAAUUUGUCUAAGGUAACGUGGGCAGCAACCUGGGCCGCCUAUAAAGCGGGAGCGCGACGGAGUUCGGAGCGCUGGAGGCGGCGGCAGGUGGCGCGGGAAGUCGCGGCGCGCUAUGGGGCUCCCGGCACUGCUGGCCAGUGUGCUCUGCACCUUCGUGCUGCCGCUGCUGCUCUUCCUGGCCGCGAUCAAACUCUGGGACCUGUACUGCGUGAGCAGCCGGGACCGCAGCUGCACCCUUCCUUUGCCCCCUGGAACUAUGGGCUUCCCCUUCUUUGGGGAGACAUUGCAGAUGGUGCUACAGCGAAGGAAGUUCCUGCAGAUGAAGCGCAGGAAAUACGGUUUCAUCUACAAGACGCAUCUGUUCGGGAGGCCCACGGUGCGGGUGAUGGGUGCAGACAACGUGCGGCGCAUCUUGCUCGGGGAACACCGGCUCGUGUCGGUCCACUGGCCUGCGUCGGUGCGCACGAUCCUGGGCUCUGGCUGCCUCUCCAACCUGCACGACUCCUCGCACAAGCAGCGCAAGAAGGUGAUUAUGCAGGCCUUCAGCCGCGAGGCGCUCCAAUGCUACGUGCCGGUGAUCGCAGAGGAAGUGGACAGUUGCCUGGAGCAGUGGCUGAGCUGCGGAGAGCGCGGCCUCCUGGUUUACCCCCAGGUGAAACGCCUCAUGUUCCGCAUCGCCAUGCGCAUCCUGCUGGGCUGCGAGCCCCGGCUGGCGAGCGGCGGGGAAGCCGAGCAGCAGCUGGUGGAAGCCUUCGAGGAAAUGACCCGCAAUCUUUUCUCCUUGCCCAUCGACGUGCCCUUCAGCGGGCUCUACCGGGCACUAAAGCAGUCUUCAACAGAGCUCCUCUUUGGAGGACAUGAAACCACGGCCAGUGCAGCCACAUCUCUCAUUACUUACCUGGGGCUCUACCCACAUGUUCUCCAGAAAGUGCGAGAGGAGCUGAAGAGUAAGGGUUUACUUUGCAAGGGCAAUCAAGACAACAAGUUAGACAUGGAAAUUUUGGAACAGCUUAAAUACAUUGGAUGUGUUAUUAAAGAGACCCUUCGACUGAAUCCCCCAGUUCCAGGAGGGUUUCGGGUUGCCCUUAAGACUUUUGAAUUAAAUGGAUACCAGAUUCCCAAGGGCUGGAAUGUUAUCUACAGUAUCUGCGAUACUCACGAUGUCGCUGACAUCUUCACCAACAAGGAGGAAUUUAAUCCUGACCGCUUUCUCCUGCCUCACCCAGAGGAUGCCUCCAGGUUCAGCUUCAUCCCAUUUGGAGGAGGCCUUAGGAGCUGCGUGGGGAAAGAGUUUGCAAAAAUUCUUCUCAAAAUAUUUACAGUGGAGCUGGCCAGGCAUUGUGACUGGCGGCUCCUAAAUGGACCUCCUACAAUGAAAACUAGUCCCACCGUGUACCCUGUGGAUGAUCUCCCAGCAAGGUUUACCCGUUUCCAGGGGGAGAUCUGAUGGGUGGGAAUACCCAGACCUCGGACUUAAUCGAAGUGUACAUAGGACUUUUUACAUAGCGUCCUGUUGAUUUUAUUAUAUUUAAUUUCUAAAUGUAUAUUAUAAUAUUUAUGUCCCUUCUACAGUACCACAGCCUUUAAAUCUGAAAAUAAUGAAUGUGGAUAGCUUCCAAAUAAAGUAAAAUCUGAAGGUG